AUGAGCCAACUUGCAUACCGACGUGGGUUACGGGAGGAUGUGUCCGCUCUUGCUGAAGGACAGCUGAUCGGCGAGCUCACGACAGCUGGGCACGAGAUCCCUCGUGGCAAUGAGAUAACGAAACCACCUAAGGCUGAGGUGAUUGGUGAUGAGGUGGAGGAUAGGGAGUGGAGAACGGAGAUGGCAGCACGGAUGCAUAGGCUGGUCGAUUGCAAUGAGAGUCAGGUAGUGGCUGUUGCCAAGCUCGAGAGGCAAUUGCGUGAGCUGAUGCUUUCCCGUACUCCGCAGCAUGGCGUUGACGGUGAUGCUGCAGGGGAGGGACAUGGUGAUGUGGGAGGGGACGGUGGACCUGGUGAACCCGCACAUGUGGAAGUCAUGGGUGGGAACAAUGGCGGCACCCAUUAUAGCGUGACGGGUGCAUAUGGUGAGGGCCCUGUGGCAAACGUUGAGACAGGUGAAGCCGCCCACAACUGCCGGACGUCCCUCUCCAGCUCUAAGAUGGUGGAGUUGAGCGUGGAGGAGAGGAGGUGGUUGGAGGGUCUGGCGUUGCAAUGGGUUUAG